UGAUCCGUACAAUACUUAUCAAGAUUGCUAUUUGGAUGAGGUGGAAGGUUCUACGGAAAAAAAUCGAACUUUUGGCAAGAUAAAAAAGAAAACAUCGUUGAAAUCUUCAUUUGAAACAUACGGUGCACGUGGAUUCAUUGAUCAAGGAGCUAGGAUUAAUAUUGGCUCAACUGAUGCUCAAUAUGGACUACCGUGCUGGGUACGCGAAAAGACGCAUAAUUAUCUGAAUUUGAAAAAAGUUCGAGAAGCACUGCAUAUACCUCUAACUCUUCCAGAAUGGCAAGAAUGCAGUGACGAAGUUUUUGAGUCUUAUCAAAGAGAACGUAUGGACAUGAUGUCCAGUUUUGACGACAUUAUUAAUUCUGGAUUUCCUCUGCGAAUUUUGAUUUAUAACGGAGACGUGGACACAGUCUGCAAUUUUCUUGGUAAUGAAUGGUUUUUGCUUAAUUUAGUUCAGAAUCACUCGAUGUCAACUAGUAUGCGCUAUUCAUGGUCUUACCAAAAAGAUACCAAAUAUGAGGAACAAUUAGGUGGUUAUAGUCAAAAUUUCACGCAUUGUGAUUCGGAUUUAAAAACAUGCGUUUCUAUUAAUUUCGUUACUGUGAAAGGUGCUGGUCAUUUUGUACCGAUGGAUAGGCCUGGUCCAUCCCUACAACUGAUCACAAAUUUUAUUCAAAAUAUUAACAUCAAUACAAGCUUAUUCUGGAAUACAACAGCCAAACCAACUUUGCCACAGUAUAUCACCUCUAAAGUCAUACCAGCGACUCGCAAAGAAAAUGAUCGCAUAAUUUACUUGCCUGGUUUAACUUUCCCCGUAACAUUCAAGCAGUAUUCGGGUUUCUUGAAAUCUGUUCCUGGCGAUUACUUACAUUAUUUCUUCGUUGAAUCCAAGAGGAAUCCAGCACGAGAUCCAUUGGUGUUGUGGUUAAACGGCGGUCCAGGUUGCAGUUCCCUUGAAGGAUUAUUCUUAGAAAAUGGACCAUUCCAUCCAAAUCCUGAUGGUACUACUUUAUUCGAAAAUAUCUACUCUUGGAAUCAAAUUGCAAACGUCUUAUAUUUGGAAUCACCAAGAAAUGUUGGUUUUUCAUGGCAAAAUACCUCAAUUAACAAAGAUCCUACUUAUAACGAUCUAAAAGCAAGUUUUGAAUACAAUAAUUGGAUAGAAACAAGCAAACAAACAAACACAGCGCGAGGAGCUUUUUAUGCUCUAAUGGAUUUCUUGGAGAUAUUUCCCGAGUAUAGAAAUCGCAGAUUUUAUAUUACUGGCGAAUCGUAUGCUGGCAUUUACAUUCCAACUUUGACAUCAUACAUUAUUAAAAAAAUAUAUACUAAUCAAGCGCCAGGAUUGAAUUUAAUAGGGAUAGCAAUCGGUAAUGGUGAACUGAGUAUGAGAGAUCAGUUGAACUCAAUUAUCUCCAUGCUUUAUUUUCGAGGCGUAUAUGGAAAAGAUCUUUAUGCGCGGCUUAUGGCAUGCUGCGAGAAUAAUACUAUCCCAGCAGCUUUCUGCAAUUUUGACAGAUAUGUAAUAUUCAUCAAUGGUUGGGCACUACCAAAAGAUUUCUCCAACGAAUGUGCCAAAGCCAUUGCUGAAUUUGGCUCACACUAUAUUUGGUUUCAAAGCAAAAUACAAGAUCCUUACAAUCUAAUUGAAGAUGGCUAUCGUCAGUUUGUAGAGACGGAUAUGCAAUCUAAACUUAGAACUAAUUUGCAUAAGAGAAAAUUUUGGGCUGAAUAUCUUCGUAAGGGUUUUAAUCAGUCUUCAGCUCCUUAUGAUAAUCAACAGUCAUCAGCAAUAAAUUAUGCAUCCACAGAUGGCAAAGGCAAUUUUUACUUUUAUGCUAGGUCAGCCACCACUAAUUACUUAAAUUUGAAAGAUGUUCGUUCGGCGCUUCAUAUUCCAGAGCAUAUCCAGCCAUGGGAAGGUUGCAAUGACGAUAUUAACUAUUACUAUUAUCAACAAUACGAAGAUACUACACCUAUAUUUGAGCAAAUUAUUCAUAGUGGAUAUACAUUGGAUAUACUUAUUUACAACGGUGACGUGGAUUUAGUUUGCGAAUUUCUCGGAAAUGAAUGGUUUACUGAAAGAUUAGCAAAGUCGUAUAAAAUGAAUGUGACCCGUAAAAGGUCAGAAUGGACUUAUGAAGGUGAAAGAGCAGGUUACUGGAAACAAUUCAGAUCACCGAUUGGUAAUCUUGAUCUAGUCUCAGUAAAGGUAUUUUAAAU